AUGAUUGCAGAUAUCGAAAACAAAGACAAUGAAGAUGAUAAUGAGGAUUAUGAUAGUAUAUUUUUCGAUGACGAUUCUAUACCACUAGUAAAGAUAACUUCUGCUCCUCCACUAAUUGAGGAGGAAAUGCUUUAUCAUCGACAAAAUACAUAUAACCAUGCUUAUCUAAAGAAAUAUUAGUUAGGAGAUUUAUAUAGAGAGCACCUCUAAGUACAAGAUUUCAACAUCAACCCUCCACUUUAAAGGUCAAGAACUGGUAAUCAGGAUAAGAAGGUUUAAUAUAACUCCCCUAUACAGCUUGAAGAAAAUAAAGAUUCUGGUGAUUAAUGUAAAUCAAGUUAAAGUAAGGAUGAAUAUCCUCAGAUUCCUCUCAAUAAAAAUAACCUGUUUGCUUUCUCUGAUACUAUUGACUCAGUCAACAGACAAAACUCACAUAACUCAAAAGUUUCGUCUGCAUCAAUCAUGAAGUCUAAUGAUGAUAGUGAUGAUUCAUUUACAUCUAUAAAUACAGAUAUCCAAAACACAAUAAAUAAUGAACAAUAAAUUUUCUUACAAAAGGGAAAGUUUGCAAGUUCUUUUGGGAGAUAAGGUACUUAUGGCUAUAAAAAAGAAUAGAGAGAUAACUUGCUAAACAAUGCAAUUCAAAACUGCGAAAAUAUCCCAUAACAGACUAUAUAAAUACCCUUUGGGAAUACACCGUUUGGAAGAUCACUCACAAGUCAGACACAGUACAAGGGCAAUCUAGAGUAAGUUGACAAUCAAGAUAGAUUUAAUGAUGAGGAAAGUCUCUACACGGAAGAAGAUUAAAUUGAAAGUUUAUCACAUGAAGAUACAAGAUAUUAAUUGAACAAUGAUAACUAAUAUUUAAGAAGCUAAACAUUCAAAGAAAGUUGCAAGUAUAAAAUUAACAUUCUUGCCUCACAAGAUGAUGAUUAACCUGCAGAUCCUAAUUUUCUAUCUCCCCUCAAAUUUUAGAUUAGAGAGAGAAGUUCAAAUGGAGAUAUAAGCAGUGGAUAAUAGGAGGCUAGCAAUAAUACUCUUUCUUCAUAAAAUCAAAACUAUUGCAAUUCAUCACCUAAAUCUUGGGGAGGAAUACCUAAUUCACCAUUGAAUACUUCUAAUCCAAUGAGCAUCAAAAUUAAUUUACAGGGUAUGAGAGACAAAGAUCUUUUUAGAGCAGUGGGACAAGCAGUUCUCAUUGUUCUCAAAAAUCAAAAAAUUGAAGACAAUUUAGUAAGAAUAGCUCUUGAUAAGCAUGGGACAAGAGCUCUACAAAAUAUGUUAAAUCAAAUCUGUCCAUUUACUAACGAGAGAUCUGCUAGAUUAAUUAACGGGAUUAGAGACUAUGCUCUAGAGCUAAUAGUUAAUAUUCAUGGAAACCAUGUUAUUUAGAUUUGCUUAGAUAAUAUCAAAUCUGAAGAAUUAAAACUUCCAAUUUAUGAAUGCGUAUUGAAUAACUGCUCUUAUAUUGCAACUAAUUAACAUGGAUGCUGUGUUGUUUAGAAAUUACUAAGUUCAUCUAAAUUUGCCAUUCAAGUAAUUAUUAAUGAUAAAUUUACUCAGUUUUAGAAAGAAUUAGUUUUGAGAUCUCUUGAACAGCUAUAGUAUUUAAUUAAUGAUCAAUAUGGAAAUUAUGUAGUCUAGCAAGUUCUUAAAUUCAACGAUGAGGAGAUAAACUUAAAAAUAGCGAAUUUCAUUUGCUCUAAAAUUUAAUACUACUGUAGUUAAAAAAUUUCUUCAAAUGUAGUAGAAAAUGCUAUAAGAAUAACUACUAAUGAAUGUAAGAAAGUUUAUUUUACAAAUUUGAUUAAAAAUCUGCCUCUGUUUCGGAUGCUAAUGCUAGACUAGUAUGGAAAUUAUGUGAUCCAUGCAAUUUUAUAAACUUCAUCAGAUUUUUAAGAUCAAACAUAUUAUAAUUAAUUCUAUCGAGUGUUUAUUGAGAACUAGGAGCUAUUGAGAAAAGUUAACUUUGGAAAUAAAUUUAUUUAGAAGAUAAUGGUGUUAGACCCUCCUUAACAAGAUUAGUAGAAUUUCCAAUUCCAAAGGUAGCAGCUUCAAAUAACUGGAAAGUUUUAGUGUAAUAAUAACCCUAAAAAUCAAAGCAAUACUUAGAGAACAUCUACCUUUAAAUCAGCACCUGUUGGAAAGAACUUAUAAAUUCCCAAAGAGUUAGGGCAAUAAAAUCAAAAGUGA